AUGCCCAAAAACCUCAUCCUCGUCCCUGGCGCAUGGCAUACCGCCGCCUGCUUCGACCUCAUUACCCCGCAUCUCCACCACCAAGGCUUCACCGUCAACGCCCUCACAUUGCCCGGCGUGGCUGCGGACAAGACCGAUUCCUUCAACGACGAUGUCCAAACAAUCAGAUCUGCCGUACUUGACAUCAUCGAUGCAGGCGAGGACGUAGCAGUCGUGAUGCACUCGUACGGCGCUGUGCCCGGCUGCGAGGCAAUGAAAGACCUUUCCAAGGCCCACCGCACCGCACAAGGUCGUUCUGGCGGUGUCGUUGCGCUGGUCUUUCUCUGUGCCUGGGCUGUUCCUGUAGGACAAAGCAUCGGCAGUCUAGCCAACAUGCAAGGAUUCAUCGAUCAAGGCGAGUAUCUCAAAGAAGAGAACGGCCGUCUCCACUUCCUAAAACCAAUCGACGUCUUCUACCACGACCUGCCCAUCGACGAGGCAGAGAAACGAGCUGCCAUGUUGGGCACUCACGAUGCCAGCUUGUCGUUUACUAACCUGUCCUAUCCGGCGUAUUGGGAUAUUCCUUCCUCCUAUCUCGCUUGUCGCAAUGAUAUCGCUAUUCCGUAUGAGAUGCAGCUGAUGAUGAUUGACAAUGCCAAGUUCGAGCAUGUAGAGACUUGGGAUUCGGGACAUUCGCCGUUUUUGAGUCGACCCGAGGAUGCGGCUGAUUUUAUUGCGAGGGGGGUGGAUAAGUAUUUGAACUGA